AUGUCUCAACUCCCAAUGGGAAGCUCCGAUGUGAGCAGAAUUGAAUCCCCGAUCUCCCUUCGAGCCUAUCUCAUCUGUGGAUUUGCCUGUUUCGGUGGUAUUCUCUUUGGAUUCGACUCGGGAUAUAUUAGUGGUGUCGAGGGCAUGGCAUAUGUGAAGGAACACUUUGGUCAUGCCGUGCCGACCAGUGUUGAUGCUUCUGGAUUUAUACUGGCCAGCUGGCAGCGCUCUUUGAUCACCUCUAUCCUCUCAGUUGGUACUUUCUUUGGUGCUCUGAUUGGUGGUGAGAUUGCUGAACGUAUUGGUCGUCGCUUAACUAUUCUUGUCUCUUGUUUCAUCUUCGCUUGCGGUGUCGUCGGUCAAACUGCCUCAUACACCGUUGCUGGACUGGUAAUUGGUCGUUUGAUCGCGGGUUUUGGCGUCGGUGGUGUUUCUGCUACUGUCGUUCUGUAUGUCUCCGAGAUUGCUCCCAAGAAGGCUCGCGGUCUGCUUGUCUCUCUCUAUCAGUUUGCUGUAACCAUCGGUCUGCUCUCUGCAUCGGGCGCGACACAGGGAACCUCAGGUCGCAAUGACUCUGGCUCUUACCGAAUUCCCAUUGGUAUCCAGCUUGCUUGGGCUUUGAUCCUUGCAUCUGGCCUGUUUUUCCUCCCAGAAUCCCCUCGUUAUCUGGUCAAGGUCAAUCGAAUUGAAGAUGCUGCUGCUUCUCUCUCCCGUGUUCGUGGCGCUCCGGCGGAUUCACCCCUCAUCCAGGCUGAGCUCGCUGAGAUCAAGGCCAACUGGGAGUAUGAAUUUCAACUAACCAAGACCACCUGGGCAGAUUGCUUCAAGGGAGGUAUCAGCAGCCCCAGUGGCAACUUGCGCCGCGUCUUAGUUGGUGUGUUCGCGCAGAUGUUCCAGCAGUGGACUGGCGUUAACUUUAUCUUCUACUACGGAACCACCUUCUUCCAGUCUAUCGGAAUGUCGAACUCCUUCCUCAUGUCCACUAUUAUGAACAUUGUGAAUGUUGCCUGUACUCCUGUUUCCUUCUGGACUAUCGAACGAUUUGGACGUCGGACUCUGCUCCUCUACGGAGCUGUAGUCAUGUGCUUGUGCGAGUUCAUCGUGGCUAUUGUCGGUACCGCUGAUGGUACCUCCAAAACCGCCAACACAUGUCUCGUUGUCUUCACCUGCAUCUACAUUGCCGCAUUCGCUUCAACCUGGGGCCCAGCCUGUUGGGUCUUGGUUGGCGAGAUCUUCCCCUUGCCCAUCCGUGCCAAGGGUGUCGCUUUGUCAACUGCGUCGAACUGGUUCUGGAACUGCAUCAUCGGUGUUGUCACCCCCUACAUGGUUGACGCAGACAAGGGUAACCUUGGCUCCAAGGUCUUCUUCGUUUGGGGUGGAUGUCUGUUCUUCUGCUUCCUCUUUGCUUACUUCUGCGUUUCUGAGACCAAGGGUCUUUCCUUGGAACAGAUUGAUCGCAUGCUGGAGGAGACCACCCCUGCUAACUCGGCUGCUUGGAAGCCUCAUGACACAUUUGCGCAUGAGAUGGGUCUGACCAAGGGUGUUGAAGCCACUGAAGUUGAGAAGGUUUAA